CAAUCAGCCAACGCUCCUCCAUGGCCGCCGCUAGGAAUUUCUGCGCACUUCUCCCGCCCGGCUCCUCUAUUGCCCUUGUUCGAUCAAUUUCCCCGGAAGGAAAGUCGUCAAUGUGAGCUAUGCGGUGGCCACGCGCCCGCCGGCUACGACGAUCGGCGCCGAGAGCAUUCGUUAUCUUGGUCUUCUGGGCCCUGGUCCUGUGGCUCUUCCUCCCUUACGACAGCGCCCUCCUCCUCUGGGCGCGCUUCGUCGUGCAGAGCUUCUUGUCACUCUUCCGAUCGCCUGCUGCCGGCCAAGACUGGCUCGCCAAGCCGCCCAAGUUUCCUGUCGACUUCGCCGACGACGUGGCUUUAAUAUUAAAGACGGGAUAUGGAACACAGCUGCGCGUCCCUGCGCAAUUGGAUGCCCUGGCACCGCAGAUGGACGGAGAACGGUACAGGAAUGUCAUUGUCAUCGGGGAUUUCGCGACAGAGUUUCGCCACAACGGCGUCCAGGUAGUCGUGCACGAUGUCGUGGCGCCGGUAGCGCAACACGAGUCCUUCAUGGGCAAGCCGGGGUAUGAGCGCGUGCUCAAGUAUGAGAAACUUGCAGACGCUAUAAAGUCCGGGAAGGAAGAAGAGGCGCAAGAGAUAGGCAAGGGCGCGGGCUGGGAAAUCGAUGCCAUGAAGUUCAUCCCCGGCCUGGACCUAGCAUACCGACAGAUGCCCGGUAGGAAAUGGUAUAUUGUCCUGGACGACGAUACAUACAUUCUGCAGCCUGCCGUUCGCACGCUGCUUGAGCAACUGGAUCCUACGCAACCUGCUUACCUGGGAAAUGCGGUUGGAGACUUCAAAGGCCGAUUCGCUCACGGCGGCUCCGCCAUCAUCCUUUCUUGGGCGGCCAUGAGCAAACUGUUCGACCGGCACCGCCAUCUCAUCCCUACCGCACUCACCGACUCCCUCACGGAGACCUGGGGAGACAAACUGGUUGCAACGACGUUCAUGAGAGUUGGAGUCUACCUGGAUGAGCGGUACAGUUACCUCUUUAAUGGAGAGCGGCCGUCAAUCACGCGCAUCCACGCCAGCCGCUUCUGCUCUCCCAUUCUGUCCUUCCACGGCCUCGCGCAGCCGUCACAGAUGGAAGAAGUCGGCCGAAAGUUCAAGCACAUUGACAGCUUGGUGUCGUGGGGUCAGCUAUGGAAACUGUACGGGCAACCCGAGUUUGGCGAGUUUGCCAACGACCCUGUCAGGGCUGGCGAGGACCAUGUUGGCAGAACAGACGAGUGGACCACUACCAAGACUGGUGUCAAGUCGGCCGAGGCAUGUCUGCGCAUAUGUAACCGACAUGAUAGAAAAUGUCUUGCGUGGACCUGGGACGCGACGGCGAGGGCUUGUCACAUCAGCCCUUGGAUCGUUAUCGGGGCUAGGUCGCCUGGGAAGUAUUCGGGGCUUAAUGUGCCACGGCUAGAGGCUCUAGUUAUGGAAUGUACCAAGUGAGUCUAAUGUGUGCUAAACGAUAGAGUGUACUAGACGAUAGAUUGUACCCCGGGCAUUGCUUAUACCGGUUAUUGUGGAAA